UCUUCUUCUUCCACACCUCAACACUUCUUUGAAGAGAAAAAUAAAAAACAGAGAGAAAGAGAGAGAGAAAUGGCAGGAGCUUUGAUUGGAGAGGCUUUUCUAUCCGCUUCCAUUCAGACGUUGUGCGACAAGAUUGCUUCUGGCGACUUCUUGGACUUCUCCCGGGGAAAAAAGCUUGACCAUUCACUCUUGGAGAGACUGAAGCUGACUUUUCUGGCCCUCGAUGCAGUGCUCGAUGAUGCAGAGGAGAAGCAAAUUGAGAAACCUCGUGUGAAAAAGUGGCUUGACGAGCUCAAACAUGCCGUCUUCGAUGCCGAGGACCUGCUGGCUGAGAUCGAUGCUGAAGCUUUGCAAAGCAGGGUGGAAGCAGAGGAAUAUCAAACCAAAACCACGUCCCAGGUGUGGAACUUCUUCUCUACUUCUCUUAAUCCUUUUUAUCAAGGCAUGAAUGGUAGGAUACAAGAGUUGUUUCAAAAGGUGGAACACCUUGCGAAACAAAUAGAUCUCCUUGGUCUUAAAGGAGGCGUUAAGGAGAAGGUUUCUCAAAAAACUCCCACAACGUCCUUUGUUGGGCAUGACUUUAGUGCUUGUGGUAGGGAAGGAGAUAAAAAGAAGUUGAAGAGGAUGUUGCUAUCGGAUGAUGCAAGUAGCAGCCACAUAUCAGUAAUCCCCAUAGUGGGAAUGGGCGGGGUCGGUAAGACAACCCUUGCUCAGCUCCUUUACAAUGAUAAAAAUAUAAAAGAGCAUUUUGAUGUUACAGCUUGGGCCUGUGUUUCCGAAGAUUUUGAUGCUAUGAGGGUAACUAAAACCCUUAUUGAAUCAAUUAUCUCAAAACCUUGCAUUUUUCAAGAUAGCUUGCUUCAAGUUGAACUUAGGGAACAAGUGAGGGAGAAAAAGUUCCUAUUUGUGUUGGAUGACCUUUGGAAUGACGACUAUAGUGCUUGGGAUCUUGUACGGGCUCCUUUUACUUAUGGGGCGAGGGGAAGUAAGGUCAUAGUGACAACAAGGAACAAAAGUGUCGCAUCCAUUGUGCAUACCGGUCCUAUUCACUAUUUGGAACAAUUGUCGCAUGAAGAUUGUUGGUUGUUACUCAGAAAACAUGCAUUUAGAAAUGAAAAUCCUAGUGCGCAUCCAGACUUGGAAGAAAUUGGUAAGCAAAUUGCACGCAAGUGCAACGGUCUUCCUUUAGCUGCAAAAGCACUUGGGGGUCUCUUAGGUUGUAAUGUAGGUUACAAGGAGUGGUGUCACAUAUUGAACAACAAUCUUUGGGAGACACUGCAUGAUAAAAGUGUUCUUCCAUCUUUAAGAUUGAGUUACCAUUAUCUCCCUACUUAUUUAAAACAAUGCUUUGCUUAUCUCUCAAUUUUCCCAAAGGACUAUGAAUUAGAAAAGGAAUAUAUAAUUCUACUUUGGAUGGCAGUGGGUUUAAUUCCACAAGAUGAGAGUGGUAAAGGAUUGGAAGAGCUUGGUGAGAGAUACUUGGAUGAACUAUUGUCACGAUCACUACUUCAAAGAUCAUGGAAAUCAAGUUUCACAAUGCAUGAUCUCAUUAACGACUUGGCUGUGUCUGUGUCUGGAGAAUUUUGUUGUAGGUUGGAUGGAGAGCCACAUGUUGAAGUUCCUAAAAAAGUUCGGCAUUUGUCAUAUAUGAGAGGAAGAUUUGAUACUGCUGCAAGAUUUAAGUCAUUGGAUGAAAUUAAGUGUUUGCGCACCUUCUUUCCUAUGUCUUUAAGACCAUACUAUGAGUGGGAUAAGAGCCUUUAUGUAAGCAUAAAGGUUCUAGAUGAUUUAUUACCAGCCCUAAAAUGUUUACGGGUGUUGUCACUGUCAAGAUAUAAAAAUAUCACGCAAUUACCUGAUAACAUUGGUAAACACUUAAACUUGCGCUACAUUGAUCUCUCUCACACUGCAGUUAAAAAGUUACCAGAUACGAUGUGUACUCUCUACAAUUUGCAAACUCUAUUGUUGGUCGGUUGUUCCUCUCUUGUUGAAUUGCCUGCAGACAUGAGGAAAUUGAUUAAUUUGCGUCAUCUUGAUAUUAGUGGAACUUGUAUAAAAGAGAUGCCGGUGCAAAUGGGUAGACUAAAAAGUUUGAGAACAUUGACUGCUUUUGUGUUGGGGGAAUCUACUAGGUCGGGUGGCAUUGGUGAAUUGGGGCAAUUGUCGAACCUUCGAGGAAACCUCUCUAUCUUGAAUCUACAAAAUGUCGUCAAUCCUAUAGAUGCCUUGGGGGCCAAUUUGAAGGAUAAGAAAGAUCUCAACGAAGUAGAGUUGGCAUGGGGUCGUGAGGAAGCAAAUGAUUCCAUAAAAGAGAGACACGUACUUGAAAGCCUACAACCUUCUGCAAAUCUGGUGAAGCUGACCAUCAAAUUUUAUGGUGGAACCAGCUUUCCGGAUUGGUUGGGUGACUCUUCCUUCGCCAACAUACAAGUCAUGCGUAUUAGUGAUUGUGGUACUUGCUUCUCAUUGCCACCGGUUGGGCGGCUUCCCGCUCUCAAGGAGCUCUAUAUAGAAAGGAUGAAAUUAGUCGUGAGUAUUGGUGUCGAGUUCUACGGGGGUAAUGGAGCUUCUCUAAGUCAACCAUUUCAAUCUCUCAAGAAGCUAGAGUUCAAAGAGAUGCCGGAGUGGGAGGAAUGGCUGUCGAGUCCAGGUAGAGGUCAAUCUCCUGACUUUCCUCGUCUUGAGGUGCUCAUUUUAGGGAAGUGUCCGAAGCUGAAGGGAAACUUGCCCGAUCAUCUUCCUUCAUUGAGAAAGCUUCGGGUGUCAGACUGCGGGGUUCUACAUGAAAGGGCUACCAGAACAAGAUGGAUACCUUGGUCUCUCAUCGUCAACACGGAGUCCUUGCGACAAUCUCUUAAACAACUGAAGAUCGUUAGAUGCCCUGGUCUCUCUUCGUUACUAGAGACGGAGUCGCUGUGCUCGCUUUGGAAUCUUGAGAUUCAAUUUUUUAGUCGCCCAGAUUGCUUGCAGCCGCACUUCAGCAGCUGUCUUGGAAGUUUGAGGCUCGUUAACUGCGCGUCACUCUUGUCGUUCCCGAGAAAUGGUCUACCCACUUCGUUGACAUAUCUUGAAAUAAAAAAAUGCAGGAGAUUAGAAUUCCUAUCUCAUGAGAUGAUGGCCAAAUUGACAUCCCUUCGACAUUUGGAUUUGGUCUACAGCUGUGAUUCACUGAGGUCCUUCCCGCUGGGCGUUUUCCCCAAACUUUCAUAUCUUAGUAUCUGGGGCAGUAAAAGUCUAGAAUCCCUUGCCAUUGGAGAAGGAGCUGAUGACGAAAAUCUCACUCAUCUCGACGAUCUCUGGACCUCUUGCUGUCCAAAUCUGGUCUCUUUUCCCCACGGGGGAUUGCCCACUCCCAAACUGGCUCGAUUUGUAGUCCAGAGAUGCGAGAAUUUGAAGUUAUUGCCCGGCCGAAUACACACCCUCACCGCCCUUCGAGACCUGAGUUUACACGAACUUCCAAAUGUUGAGUCAUUUGCAGAAGGGGGUUUGCCUCCCAACCUACAAUCAUUUCGAAUCAGUCGUUGUGAGAAACUGAGGCCUUCAGUGGAGUACUGGGGUUUGCAACGAAUUGUCUCCCUUCGAACAUUUGAUAGCUCAGGAAGCGAGGAUGUGUUGGAGACGGUGCUCAAGGAACAGCUGCUCCCUACCACUCUUCACACUCUCGCAAUCGGUGAAAUGAAAAGCCUGAAAUCUUUGGAGGGAAAGGGACUUCAACACCUCACUUCUCUUCAAGAGCUCAAAAUUGGGUGGUGGGAUAGUCUCGAAUUCCUGCCAAAAGAGGGUUUGCCGGCAUCGCUCUCUUUUCUGAGCAUCGAAAAGUGUUCUUCCCUGAAGAAGAGGUGUCAGAAGAAGACGGGACAAGAGUGGAGCAAGAUAGCUCACAUUCCUUUCAUCAAGAUCGAUGAUCAAGUCAUCAUUUGAGAUCUCAAGUCAAAGUCUGGACAAUAUCAUCCAAGGGCAACAUGUGUUUGCUUACAUAAAUUACUAGUUGUCGAAUCAUGCCAUGGCUAUCUGUCAAGAAUAUGAGGUAUCUUUCUGAGACAAGGUAUGAAAAAGGAAUGCGCUUGAGUUGACAUCUGCAUUCAAUAUCGAUGAGAAGAAACAAGCAAUUUUUCAAUUUGAUGACGAAUGGAAGUGGGCGAAACCACGUGAAGAUAGCAAACUGUUGAACUGUAAAUAUUGAAUUAUCAAAGGCCAACGAUUUUAACAUCCAUCAAUUAGUUGUCCAUGAAUGGUUCUCCUGCAGUGUGGCAUGAAUAUGAUUCUCCUUCAAUUGGAUAGAUAUGUUUUUGCACAAACACAGCUGAUGGAGUGAGAAUGGGUGACGAUGACCACAAAACAAAAAUGAGAGCCAGGUUUCUUUGGAGCACUGCCCUCAUGCUUGAGCUUGUUGGAAGUCAGUACAUCAUGUUACUUGAGCAGGAAGAGCUGAUGGAAAUUUGUUAUGGCAGCAGAGAUGGUUCUGCUGCUAUGAGCAAUAAGGAUGUCAAUGCUGCUAUGAGCAAUAAGGAUGUCAAUGGCAAGGUAGUGAGAAAUCAUCAUAAAGUCAAGGAGUGGGCCAGGAAUAUUGAGACUUAAGUGGUUGAAUUUGGCAGCAGAGAUGGUGGUGGUGUUGAUUAUAGUGAUUUCUUUUUGAAUGCAUAUUGAUAUUGUUGUUGGUUGGUUUUAGUUCUGUUUAAGAGGGCUUAUGGUCUCGAGUGUUGGCGGGCAAUCUGUGUUGAUUCACCUAGCAAACAAGGGAAGGAGACCACCCUUGAUCAGAGUGAAUCUGUGAAUUAGUUCGAUCCAGGAAGGCAGGACUAGUUGAUGGAAACUUGUAAUUCGGCAGAGAUGGUGCUGCUGCUGUGAAUGAGAAUGAUGCCAAGGGCAAGGCUGCAAGAGGGUGUCACAGGGUCAAGGAACACCGCGUUGAGACCGGAAAGGUUGAUCUUGAGCUUCCCCUACAUCAGGGCACCAUUAGCUGCCGAGGAUGUGGGAAAUAUUUUGAAAUUCUGUGAAACUUUUAGAGAGUUUUUUAAAAUUGAAACGUCCCAAGCUGACUCUGUUCUUCGAGAACUAUCGCGUGGAAGAUGUGGACGAAGUGAACAGUACUCCAUUGUUCGAUUUCAUAGCUAUAAAGUACUUUAGUCUCUUGAGCAAGCAAGCACCAACCGAUCAUGGUUCCAAGAUUUGGAGAACCUAAUCUCUGCAUCCAGGGUCGCUAAGGUUGAAGGAGCUGCCCGCAGAGUGUUUUAGUGGAGGCGGGGAUGGAUAUGAUGCCUUAAGCUUUUAAAUUUCCUCUGCGAUGAGGCUCUUAACACAAAGACACCGAGGGGAUGGAUUGGGGAGCACAAUGAAAGAUUGGCCAAUGUAAAAGGGACGUGAUAGCAAAAAUUUCAUAUUGGAGUCUGGGGAUCGAUAAUAUGAAGAUAUUGCCCAAACAUAUGCACGCCUGCACCACCCUUAAAAAUUGAGGACCUGGGAUCUUCCAAAAUUUGUGUCAUUUGGUGAAAGGGGUUUGCCUCCCAACCUACAAACAUUUCAUAACAGAGAUUGUGAGUAACUGAGGCCUUCAGUGGAGAACUGGGGUUUGCAACGACUUGUCUCCCUUCAAAGAUUUCAGAUCAGCAGCGAGGAUGUGUUGAAGAAGUUGCUCAAGGAACAGCUGCUUCUUACCGCUCUUCACACUCUUGCAAUCUCUUAUCUAUCAAGUCUGAAAUCUUUGGACAUAAAUGGACUUCAACAUCUCUCUUCUCUUCAAAAGCUAUAUAUUGGAAGGUGUGAUAGUCUCGACUUCCUGCCAAAACAGGGUUUUCCGGCAUCUAUUUCUUUCCCGAACAUCACCAGAUGCCCCUCUCUGAAGAAGAGGUAUGAGAACAAGAAGGGAAAAGAAUGGAGAAAGAUAGCUCAUAUUCCUUGCAUAAAGAUAGAUGACAAAGUCAUCAUGAUAUGAUCUCUCUCUCUCUCUCUCUCUCUCUUUCUCUCUCUCUCUCUCACACCAAAACUUUUGCUUCUCAUUUCACUCUCAACUCUCUAAUGUCAGGAGAAUGUGAUGGGAGUGACUUAUUUAUGUGCGUUCUGUAGAAAUGGAAAGACAUGAUUAUCUGAGGAAACCAAAAUUACGACAAGUUGUAGUCCUUGAAUGCCACUCAGUGGCUCUGCCUCUGCCCAUCCGGCAUGAACAUGAUUCUCCUGCAUCGGAAAAGGUGGACACAGCACGGAUGUGGUGAAGAGUGUGUGGGUUCGUUGCGUGUUGCCUCAUGGCUGUGCUUUCUGAACAACAUCAUCCAAAAGCAACACGUGUUUGUUUAAAUGAAUGACUAGUCGUUGAAUCCUGUUGUGGCUAUCGCAUGGGUUUAUGCCCUCGAGUUUUGAUAGGUAACCGGUGUUGGUUCACCAAGAAAACGAGGGAAGGAGAAGUCUCUUGGUGGAAACAAAGAUAUGAACUUGGAUGCAUCUCUGAAUCUGAUGAGCCGGAAACUAUGAAAACAAAGCAGGAAGAGUUGAUGGAAAUUUGUAAUGGCGGCAGAUAUGGUGCUGCUGCUGUGAGCAAUAAGGAUGUCAAUGCCAAGGCGUUCAGAAAACAUCAUAAAGUAAAGGAAUGGCCCGGGACUAUUGAGACUCAAGAGGAGGGCUUAUGGUCUCAAGUUUUGGUAGGCAAUGUGUGUUGAUUCACCUAGCAAACGAGGGAAGGAGAACGCCCUUGAUCAGAGCAAUGAUGUGAAGUACUGGGAUGCGGCAAAGCAGGACGGGUUGAUGGAAACUUGUAAUGCAGCAGAGAUGGUGCUGCUGCUGUGAAUAAGAAUAAUGCCAAGGGCAAGAGCAAGGGCAAGACUGCAGGAGGGUGUCGCAGGGUCAAGGAACGCCGCAUUGAGAGCAGAGAGGUUGAUCUUGAGCUUCCCCUACGUCAGGCCACCAUUAGCUGCUGAGGAUAUGGGAAAUGCUCUUCAAUUUUUGAAGUUCAGUGAAACUUUUAGAGUUUUUUUUAAAUUGAAAACUCCCAAGCGGAAUCUGUCUUCCGACAACGCCUGGACAGUUUGUGAUGGGAGUGACUUAUUUCUGUGCAUUCUGUGGAAAUGUAAAGACAUGGCUAUCUGAGGCAACCAAAAUUACGACAAGUGGUAGUCCUUGAAUUCCGCUCUGUGGCUCUGCCUAUCCGGCUUGAAUAUGAUUGUCCUGCAUCGAAAAGGUAGACACAGUGCGGAUACGGUGAAGAGUGUGGGUUCGUUGCGUGCUGCCUCAUGGCAGUGCUUGCUUGAAUACCUGUACAUUACGUUUCCUAGACUAGGUGGCGUGGCUUGCGUUUGUGGCAACAGAUUUCCUCGGGGAAGGAUGUAUCUCCAUCCUGGUCAUGAAUACUGCACAAUGUAAAAAUAUGAAGCGAGAAAUUGGGUCACUUUGUUGCAAUGCCCUACUCCGAUGUAUGGUGCUCUCCAUGAAUUAGCACACCAUGGUCUCGUUUGGCACGCCGCAUAGAGUACAGGAUAUGACUAAUAGUACGAAGCCCGUUGUUUGGUGCAUUAGGACACAGGGUUCUGCACUCAUCGUUUGCUUGGCGGUUCUUCAAAGAAUAAUUGUUUCAUUAGACCUGUUUUAGGAUAUGAAAUUGUUAUUGAGCUUUGAUUAAAUACAAAUGGGAGUGCUUACAACCUUCUCACUUACCUUC